AGAGUAGCGACGGCUCAAGACCUGAACUUUGUGGGUAUCACAGUGGCGGGACGGUGGUGCCGGUGCGUAACUCUGGAGCUGCCUUCCCUUAUGUUGGUUCGUCAAAAUCCUAAAUAUAUCCGUCAUCACAACGGCUUUUACCAAUGUAUCUCUCUACAAACGUUUGUAAUUCCAAACCCUUGAUUUACAGAAUUGUUUGUGAUACUGAUUUUUGUGCUUCUAAAAAGAGUUUGGAUUAUACACCAAAAGAAAGAAGGAAGGAAAUUUGGAGAUAUAUGUCGCCUGAUGCUCAAAUCUUAAUGCCAGAGGUGAAACAACACGAGGAAGACAAUGGUGAGCAGAAGAACUCAUCCCUGUCAUCAUCAUCAGAUCAACAAUCCCUACAUGAAGAACAGCAUGUUAAGAAAAAAGAUUCAUCCAUAUCAGCGCCUGCUCUAGACUUUACAUUAGAUGAGCAGCAACAUAGUCUAGCUGUAUGGGCUAAAAGAUGCAUCAAAGAAGGUAAGAUUGAUCAAAUCAUUGAUCCAUGUUUAAAGGGACAAACAACAGGCUUGAGUUUGUGUUGGCCUUGGCGUUACAAAAACAUGGUGGAGUCACAAUUGCUGAAAAGAUGUGGUCGAUAUUCUCUAUUAAAACUCCAGCAGUGCAUGCUAAAAAUUACAGAAACAGACGAAAGUGGAGCAACGACAAGAAAAAGUAAAAAGGUCAUACCAGACAAAACAGCUACAACAGUGGCAGAAGGGAGCAGUGAAGGUAAAGAUAACAGUAUCAUUUUAGUAGAUCCCACUCAAGCAGCAGCAGAGGGAAACAAUGACAACAUAAAUAAAAGUGUCACAAUGGAAGAGCCCAUUGUGACAGCAGAAGAAGAGAGCAGUGACUGUAUCACCACCACCACCACCACCACCACCACAACUGUAGAAUGUCAAGGUGUUGCUAUAAUAUCGAACGCACAGCCAUUAAGUAGUCAAAUGGGGACACACAAGUUAAAGAUAUUCACAUUUGAUGAGUUGCGAAGAGCCACCAUAAACUUCCGUCCAUCAGCCAUGCUUGGAAUUGCAGAUGGUGAGUCGAUCUAUAAAGGGUGGAUGGAUAGGGAUUCAUACACACCAUCAGUAGCUGGAGUAGGGAUAGCUGUCACGAUCAAGAUUGUAAACACAGAUAUUCAAAGUCUCAAAGAGGGGCAGGCAGAAGUGGAAUAUCAGGGAAUGUUCAGUCAUCCCAAUCUUGUUAAACUCUUAGGAUAUUGUUCAGAAGAUGGAAGGCUUCUUCUUGUACAUGAAUACAUACCUAAGAGAAACUUCUUGGACAUUAUUCGCCAAGGCGAAAAACCGCUUACAUGGGAGACGAGGAUCAAAAUAGCCACAGGAGCAGCUCAAGGCCUUGCUUUUUUGCACACUACAAAGAAUAAUGUCAUUUUCAGGGAUUUGAAAUCAUCAAAUAUUUUGUUAGACUGGGAAUUUAAUGCGAAGCUCUCAGAUCUUGGACUGGCAAAAUUAGGUCCUGUCAAUGGAGAGUCUCAUGUCUCAACAAGCAUAAUAGGCACCUACGGUUAUGUGGCUCCUGAGUAUAUAGCAACCGGUCAUUUAUAUGUGAAGAGCGAUGUUUAUAGUUUUGGAGUGGUGAUGCUAGAGAUAAUUACAGGGUUACGUGUACUUGAUGCUAAUCGGCCUUACUCACAACAUAAUUUGGUGGAUUGGGCUACACCUUUUUUAAGAAGUAUAAAAAAACUAAGAAAAAUCAUGGAUCCACGUUUGGAACAAGUUUAUACAUCAAAAGGCGCAAUGAAAGUAGCGAAACUCAUCCUAAAUUGUCUUGAAGAAGAGCCAAUUCAUCGGCCUCCAAUGGAGGAAGUGGUCGCACGUUUAGAAGAGAUCAACACAAUUAAAAUAUAAACUGUAUAUGGAAGUUGAAUGAUAAUACAUGGCAUGGAUAGACUAAUCACCCAUCCGAAUGAUGAUAAAGGUUUCACACUUUAUGUUUUGGUUAUAUAUAGGAUCAAUUUAUGGUAAAAGUGGUCGGCC